CCCGCGGCGGUUUGUGGCCGGUUUGUAUGUGUGUGCGUGUGUGUGUAUUUCUCUUCAGGAGGACGACUUCACUCUCGAUUAUCCCUCACGCAUUUCCUUAACUUUUCUGCGCUCCCCGGAGCGGAGACCCCCGUGGCUUGACGUGGGACCGUGUCAUGGACUUUAUUCGAAUUUGAGUUUCAUUUGUGGGUAUUUUCGGAUGUCUUCGCGAGCUAAGCUAGUUGCCAGGCUCGCGAGCUAAAACUGGAUUUGCGUAAUUCUCCGCUUGCGAAAAGUUCGGUGGACCAAAAAUACCAUACGAAUGACAGGUCUUCACGGCUGAACCCAUUCGAAAAUAUCCGUAGAGUCGCUCCCGGGCCGGACGGGUAGCAAGGAAGACGUUAAAGGCCAUCGUUACCUCAGCGAAGCUAACGAGCUAAUAUGAAGGUAGCCGGCUAACGUUCGCAUGAGCAAGAAAACAACCUCCGCGUUAGCCGUUCAUUAAUCCCCAAAGUGAAGCUUUGCAGUUAACACUGUGUAACUAAUGUGAAUAAUUUUGUAAUUAAGUGUUUGAUGCUUUUGUAUUCAUGCUAACGUUAAGUGUGUGAUCUGUUUUGGGGAGUGGUGGGUUGUAGAUCUGCACUUGCAUACUUGAGCUGAACUACUCACGUUAUUAGCCUUCAUUAGUGCUUUAACGUUGACAUUAGCGCAUAUUAAUGCAGUUUGUGACUUGUUUACCAGUCGUAUAUUUCGGAAUACGUUUGUAGUAACCCCGUUCAAAUGGAUAGCCGUAUUUUAUUGGGACAGGUUCACUGACCCAACAGGUUAUCAAUCCAAGCAAUCCUGUUAAGUGGUUUGUUUCUUGACCAGGCCUAUGGUUGUAACGGAGAAUAGGGAUGUAUUGUGUGGGAAACGAGAUUUAACAUCUCGCUUUGAACCGAGUUUGUCACAUGAAAAGAGACAUUUGUAUGGAAGUGGGCAGCUUCACUUGACACAGUCUUGGGCUUGGUCUGGCAUCAUGGGGGUCUUGCAGGGGGGCAAGAAGUCAUAUACAUAGUGUCUAUUUGGAAUGUUUGUAGACGUUAUGUAGUCGGUUUGGAAGAAGAAUCUUGUUUUUUCCCAUAGUUGAUAUAUUUUUGUUCUUAUAAAUACUAUGAACAUUGGUCUCCGUUCCACGACCAACACAGGACAACUGAUAUUUCAUUAAAAAAAGAUUCGGAACAAUUGGACAGGCUGGAUCAAGAAGCCCUGUCUUUCGUCUCUGGUUGGAGUAACACUCCCAAGCCAUCCUCAAUGCCUUCAGCGCUGGCCGUGUUCACCUGCCGCCCGAAUUCACACCCGUUUCAGGAACGUCACGUCUACCUGGAUGAGCCGGUCAAGAUCGGGCGCUCCGUGGCCCGGUGUCGCCCUGCGCAGAACAACGCCACCUUCGACUGCAAGGUGCUGUCCAGGAAUCACGCUCUGGUGUGGUUCGACCACAAGACAGGAAAGUUCUAUCUCCAGGACACCAAAAGCAGCAAUGGCACUUUCAUUAACAGCCAACGCCUGAGCCGCGGGUCGGAGGAGAGCCCUCCAUGUGAGGUCCUCUCCGGUGACAUCAUCCAGUUUGGGGUAGAUGUGACCGAAAACACUCGGAAAGUCACUCAUGGCUGUAUAGUGUCUACCAUCAAGCUCUUCUUACCAGAUGGCAUGGAAGCACGCCGGCGUUCAGAUGUUGUUUCAGAACCACUUCCUCUAGCUAUUGAUAAGGUGUCCGCAAAUACACCCAGUAUGUAUUCUCAGGAACUGUUCCAGCUUUCCCAGUACCUGCAGGAGGCAUUACACAGAGAGCAGAUGCUGGAGCAGAAGUUGGCCACCCUGCAAAGGCUUUUGGCCAGCACGCAAGAAGCAUCCGAGAGCAGCUGGCAGGCUUUAAUCGAUGAAGACCGGUUACUCUCCAGACUGGAGGUGAUGGGGAAUCAGUUGCAGGCAUAUUCAAAAAACCAAACAGAAGACAGCAUUCGGAAAGAGCUUGUAGCCUUAACAGAAGACAAACACGAUUAUGAAUCGACAGCCAAAGAGUCCCUGAGGCGGGUCCUUCAGGAGAAAAUCGAGGUGGUCAGGAAGCUGUCAGAGGUGGAGAGGAGUCUGAGUAACACAGAGGACGAAUGCACGCAUCUGAGAGAGAUGAACGAGCGAUCGCAGGAAGAGCUCAGAGAACUCGCCAACAAAUACAAUGGAGCCAUUAAUGAGAUCAAGGAUCUCACAGAAAAGAUCAAGUUGGCGGAGGACAAACACGAGGAGCUUGCGCAGAAAGGACUGAACGAGAAGAAAGAGCUUCAGCUGAGAAUCGAAGAGAUGGAGGAGAAGGAGCAGACGCUUCAGGCUCGCAUCGAAGCCUUGCAGGCGGACAACGACUUUACGAACGAGAGACUAACGGCUCUGCAAGUCCGGUUAGAACAGCUUCAAGAGAAAAGCAUGAAGGAAAACAACAGUUUAGACCACUUUCUUUUAAACAGUGGAGGAGACUGCACUUUAAUCCAGCAGUACAUUGAGUGUCAAUCGGUCAGGCAGCUAAAGGAGGCUGUGGACUCCUCUAUAAACAAGCUGUCCAACUUUGACGAAGUCAUUGAUGACCAUCUUCAGAACAACCAGACGACGGUGGAUAACAGUUUACCGAGUCCGGACAGGCUGAAAGAAAACCAAAUAGACGCUAAAGAGUGUGAUAUGUCUGAUACACUGAGCCCCAGCAAGGAGAAAAGCAGUGACGACACGUCAGACGGACAAAUGGACGAACAGGAGAUGAAUGAGACCCAGAACAGAGUUUCUCUUGUGAAAGAAAUGGACCGUAAUCUUGAUCCAGGAGAAACUGAGGAGGUCAUUCCUCACCUCCACAGAGAGCUGCAGGAGGCCCAGGAGCUCGCCAACACCGGCAAACAGAAAUGCAUCGAGCUUCAAGCUCUGUUGGAGGAGGAGAGGAGAACCAACAGACAGCAGACUGAAGAAUCUGCUAAACAAAUCCGUUUCUUACAGACUCAGCUAUCAAAACUGCAGUCUGACAUGGAGGCUCUGCGUGAGCAGAGGGAGAACACUAUCACCACCACUCGAGAGGAGCUCUACAGUGCUCAGGAGGAGAUCCUUGUGCUCCGGCACGCCAUGGAGAGCGCUACAGCCGAGCGGGAACGUGAGAUCGCCGCCCUGCAGGGAGACCUGAGCGGCGUUACUGAUGAGCUGGACAAGUGGAGACAGACGGCAGCCAAGUAUGAAGUGGAGAUCAGCAACCUCCAGGCCAGCUUCAAGCUUCAGAAUCAGCACCAGGAGAAAGCCAGUCAACUGCAAGGAGAGCUGGAGAAACUUCAGGGCGAGUGUUGUGGUCUACAGAAAGAGUGUGAGUGUUUGAGGACUGACAAGAUCACGCUAAUGCAAAAGCUGAACAGACUGGAAGAGGAACUGGACAGCUCCAGAGAACAGAGUGCCACGCUGAGCAGCAGUCUGAACUCUCUGGAGAAAUCACAGGGGGUCCUGGAGAAUAAACUGGGCUCCAUGCAGGACCGGCACCAACAGGACGCCAGCAAACUGAAGGUACAACUGGCCCAAGCUGAGAGCCGCACCAGAGACCUGCAGAAAGAGUACGACGACACUCAGAGCCUGCUGUCAGAUCUCAGGCAGCGAUACGACCGGACAGAGCAGGAGAAAUGCUCCAUUAAUGAUGAGCUGGAGCAGUGUAAGAUCAACAUGAAGCUCCUGCAGGACAAGGGCAGCAAUCCAUCCAUAUUGCAGCCUGUCCAAGCCAUUUUCAUCGGUCUAUUCCUGGCUUUGCUGUAUUGGUGCUUCGGCCAGUUGUGGUAGAAAGAGCGGAUGGUUGCCCUGGAUGCCGGUGGUCGUCGCCGUGGUUGCCGUGACUGCAGUGGUGCUUUAUCCCAACUUGUCCAGGAGCUCCUCGUGAGAACCGAUCACGGCAGCCGUCUCGUCCCGUCUCCCCAGCACGCCCCCUCUGCCGAGCAUCAGUUUUAGUCCCGGCACAAGGUCUAAUCUGAACACAAUACCUCCUGUUUUGACAAUACAGCCCUGAUGUUUGUGUGCGUGUGUGUGUACAAAUGCAAAUGUAUAUAGUAUAGAAAUAAAGAGAGAAUAAAAUUGUAAGGCAUAUUCUAGAAUAAAAACUAUCAGCAUUUUUGUCACUCGGUUGGAUGGGAAUUUCAAUGAUUCAAAUGGCCUAAACUAGGUCUGAUUAUUUUGAUUUCUGGGGUUGGGUAUUAUGUUCUUUUUAAGUCGACUAUCCUUGUGGUUUGCCAUGUUAGUUGUUAAUGUGGUAUUCCGAAUAAACGUAAAGCCAAAUGAGAAUCUAAACUCUAGGGCACGAGAGGGGGUGAAGUGCCUACUUUAAAUACUGCUACAACUAGUUCACAUUGAAGUGCCACUCGCUCAGCGUCUCGAAUCCAUCCCGAACGAAAACAAUGUUUCACAUGGUCCGUGCUGUAAUUGUGUUCCAGCCCACAUGCUUCUAGCACAGUGAUGUCAUCGUGCUCUAGAUGUUUCUCUUGUGUCGUGUAUUAUAAGCAAAUGUUCAUGUCAAAGACACUACAGGUAUCUAGGCGAUUUUGAAAUGCAACUUUCUUGACAUGUAGGAUUGUAGUCAAUACCAGAUGGAUUGAAGCAUUGACUUUAAAACAGACGUUGUAGCUUUUUACCAACACUCUGUCCUGCCGUUUGGAGACGCAGUUGUGUAUCAAAACUUUCUGCUACAGUACCUCUGCAAAGGCUCGGGGAUUUUACUGCCUUACCUGUAACACAGAGAGAGUAUGUUUCUUCUUACAGAACGAUAUUAAUGAGGCUAACGGUGAUAUAUGGGUGAAAGUGUCAGACAUCCAGUGUCGUGAAGCACAGAAACUGGUGUGAGUGAAUUAUUUUGGUGGUGUUUAAAGUUGCUUGAGACUGGAGAAAGAUGAAUUAACCAAUGAUGUGUUUGGUGUGUGGUUCGCAUUUGUCUGCCGUGCUGUAAAUAAACAGUCGUGGAGCAAAACACGACAUUCAUCUGACUCCACUUUGUCAAGAACUGUUUUCUUUUUCGGGAACGACAUACUCCGACAAAAAUCCACGGAGCACUUCAACAUGGAUUUGACCGUGAAUGCAAAAAAGCGAAGCUUGUAGCACAGAAAGAAUAGCUUUAAAAUAAACAUUGAAGAUAUUGAAGCGUUAGUUUUUUCAACAGCAUGAUGGACUUCUUUUGAGGACUUUUAUUUUUAAAAUCCUAACCAACCAAGUUUGAAACAUCUUCCUUCACCUUGUGUGCAACAUCGGCACGUUUAGAAGAAUGCUCACGUCGUUUGUAUAUAUGUAUGUAUGAAUGUUUGUGUGUACAUAUAUGUUGUAGUCACAAAAUAAAAAUUGGAUUAUAAAUAAUAUUGGUCAAAUGUAAUUGCUGCUGGAGCUGUUUUGCAAGAUUUAAUGUGUUGUCCUGGUUAUUUGGCAACUUGUUCAUACUACACGUCUUCUGCAUUCCAGUAAGUGUUCAUUUGAUAGUUAUGACGUGUGCAUUUUACAUUCUACUAAGAUUUAAAUAUUUUUUUAAAUAUUUUAUUCAACGCAGAAAGCAUGUGUGAUGUUCUUCUUACAUGUACAACAACACUAAAGUUGUGAGUAUUUGAUGUAAAUUGAUUUAGGGAGAACAAUAUCUGAUCCUAUCUUUGAUAAAUCUUGGGUUUUUCCCUUCAAAUUGUAGAUGGUUGACUAAUGUUUCUAAAAUAGCAUCUUUACGCUGCUUACACGUAACAUCACACUGCCUGUAUAUAGUUUUAUUCCAAUUCUUUUUUUGAGUGACAGCUCAAAAUACACUUUAUUAUAAACAGGUCAUUGUUAGAUUUCUAUUUUGUAAAGAUUUAAUAAUUUCUGCAAUACAGAUAGAGUUUUUGCACUAACAAGUGUGAUGUGCAUGUUUUUAAAUAAAACAUCUUUACUUUCCUGA